GCCCAAAUUUAGGUUGAAAGAAGUUCGCGACCAUCGCAAAAAGUCCAGCUUAAAGUUCCUUCACUCAGAUCACGAUGUUUUGGUCACCGUCUCCCUGAGCGCGCGACCUCUCGCCAAGCGGCAAUUCUGACCCCUCGACGAUCGCGUGCAGCUUCGAGCCAACCCCACCGACCCAAGCAAGCUGUGUGCCCACCAACAACCGCGCAAGCAGAUAGAACGUAGCCACUUUCGUCUCGACACGGCCAUUUCCCAGUGCUAUCGCAACAACAAGCACCCCUUCCAGAUUCUGCGACCCACGAGCAUGCAAUUUGCGUACAUAGGCCGACACCACUAUAGGACAAAAGAUGGAUGAAAACCUGCUCAUCCUCGAGCAAGAAUACUGCCCACCAAUCGAUCCCGCCCUUCUUGCUGCAAUCUUCAGCGACUUUGCAGAUGCGUCCAACGCGUUGGAGCUAGCCAGAGAGCUGCUAGACCCAAUCAAGGCUUCGGCGGUCGUAGAGCAGGCUACCGAGUUUGAUGCCUCUGGCAGCAGUGGAGGGCCUGUACGCGACAGCUCUGGCAAGCACGGCUCGGAUGUUGACUCGAAUGCGGACACUUGGGCGACGCGCACGACCCUGACCGAUGCAACGCACCUCUCGAACGACCUGUCGGCGCUCAGUGUGGAUGGGCGGUCCGCGGAGGGCUCUGAGGAGUCGUGGGAUGGCGGUUACUUCCGGGAGACCGACCAGUCUGAGGCGAAGACCAAGGAGCAGCUACUCGCAGAAACGUUCCCAAGUUUGCGCCCUCAGCUUGUGGCAUACACGUUGAAGAAGUGCAACGACGACUUCAGCAAAGCUGCAGACGAGCUUCUGAACCACGUCUACUUUGAGGAUGUGAGGUCAAUCCCAAGCGAAGAGGCGACUCCAAGUGCUAAGGGUAUAGAAGGUUUCUUCGAAGGCCACCACGUCCCUCAGAAGAGCAAGAAGGGCAAGGGCAAGAAGAAGCAGAAGGUGUCUCUGUGCGCUAUGAGUUCGGCCAAUGCAUCAGGAACGGAUCUGUCAGGCGCCGUGACGCCCAACCGCUGGCAGAACAGCAGCCGUGACGUCGAGUUCAUAACAGCACGAACGAUGCUGCCACACAGGAUCGUAUCUUCACUGUACCACGAGAAGAGUACGUCCCUGUCUGUCACCAUCCUGGCCUUUGUGAACAAGGACAUAAGGGCGCACCAAGGCAAAGAACCAGAGCCAGGACACGUCCAAGAUGCAAUGGACAUCAACGAAGCUUUUCCUAGUAUCGGCCUCGAUCGGACGCUCGCCCUUAUACGUCUCGCGGAUGGCUCACCGGACAAGGCACGCGACUUGGCGAAGGCACUCACAGAGCAGCCGGCAAGUGCAACCGGCGGCAGAGGCAGCAUCCAGCUCGACUUCAAAUACGCGCCCGUCAAUGUUGAAGACGACGAGCCACGAGAAAGAGCGCUACCAAGCCUAGCCCCCUCACUCCGGCCACACACCACAGCGUCCCUCGGCCAGAAACGGAACGACAUGUACGAUAACGCAUCAUCUGCCUAUAAAAAGGGCGGCCUCACCCGCGCAGCAGCUGGCUACUACGCCCAAGAAGCCCGUAAUCACGGCGAACACCAAAAAGUCUCCAGCCAAGCCGACGCAGACUACCUCGUAGCAUCGCAAUCCUCCUCCACCAUCCUCGACUUACAUGGCGUCACCGUGGCGGACGCAACGCGUAUCGCGAAGCAAAAGACACAGGUGUGGUGGAGCUCGCUUGGAGAGCGACGCAUAGCUGAGUAUGGUGGUGCGAGGGGCGGAGUCGGCGAGUAUAGAAUUAUCGUUGGCUUGGGGAGACAUAGCGCUGACGGAAGGGGGAGGCUGGGGCCGGCGGUUGUGAGGGCGCUCGUUAAGGAGGGGUGGAAGGUGGAGGCUGGGUCUGGAGAGGUGGUUGUUACGGGUGUGAAUAGGACAAGAUAGAAGCGUGAUGAUUGUGUAUUUGGUGGUCAACUUGGAGAUACCCAGAUCUGGAUAACUAGAUCGCAGCACAUACCGAUUCGAUGCAGAGGGGAUAUAUCCAAAUCGAUUAAAACUCAAAUGUCAUCACCGUAGUUGUA